AUGGCGAAUAACUUUUUGGGACACCACUUGUUCCAGUUUCUUGUCUUAUCUUGCUUCUUCUUCAUGGCUGUAGCGGUAUCUUUUGUCAUUUUUUUAUCCAUGGUUCUAAUCGAAAAAAUAACUAUAUAGAACUUUUAAAAAUAGUUAAUACAGUCUUUUUCUCGGUUUUUGAUCGUAUCUCUUUGAACAAUCUUUUUCAGGCAACCAAACCUCGUCUUCUGGUCGAAAAAACUCAUCUAUCGACGAUUUCCGUUCAAGGGAAACCCACCGCCGUCGAGUACAAGGUGUACAACGUCGGCGAUGCUGAAGCCACUCACGUAAAGAUAUGAAGUUUCAAAACCUCUAUAACUCUUUUUCAGAUUUUCCUCGACGAUCGCUCAUCCUUCCCGACUCAGGAAUUCACCAUCGAGAAAGGCUUUCUCUACGUUCAGUUCCCAAAAAUUGCGGCCAAAUCCAACCUCACUCAUGUCGUUGUGGUUGGUUUUUUUUGUCCGAUCAAAUUUCUCGAAAGAAUAUACUGUAGAAAAUGCUUUGAGAUGAAAAUACAAGUUUUUUAUUAUUUUUUUCUAUCCCUAAUAAGGAUAAGUGUAUCGAAGUUCGUUAUUGCGACUCGUGCUCAGUAUCCCGAAUAAUUGAGCGAAUUCAAAUAUUUAUGAAACUUAUAUAUGUACUCAUACUUUUUAAUGAAUAAUGAAUGAAACAAGAUAACUUGCCUGAUAAAAAAAAAACAACAGAUAGAUUUUUCAGCUCGAUUUUUUCAGUGCUUGUUUAAAGUUUCCAGCAAGAUAUUCCAUCAGAAAAACCGUUCAAAUCCCCGAAACCAAGUUUUGAAAAUUCCACAUUUUUCUUUUAAGGUGAAACCAAACAAAAUGGGAUCUUUCGAAGACAAACCGGCGCGAUUGACUUUUACGGAUCCGAAGACCGGAGUGCCAGAAGUGGUCUACUCCACCAGCAUGGGAAAAGGUUUUCACCAAUCUUUCCAGCAAUGAAAUCAACUUCUCGAACUUUCAGUGAGCGUCUAUCGCCAGAAAGAGUACAACUACGUCUUCGGGUCGAAGGCUGAGCAUUUCCUCAAGUUCGCCCUUAUUGUCGCUCCUCUGACUUUCGUGCCCCUCGGCUUCGCCAUCAGGUCCAAGAACAGAUACACGCUUGUCAAGAAAUCUUAUUGA